CCACACGGCGGAGGGGCGGCGGCAGAGGCAGGUCGCGGCAGCCGCCGCUCCCCCGCGGGAGGGCGGGCGUGGAGCCCGGCUGCCGCCGCCAUGGAGAAGCAGCCCAGCGGCGAGGACGACUGCGUGGACUCGGGAGCCGAAACGGGCGGGUCUGAGUACAGCCGUAUGUCCUCUACCAGCAGUGAACUUUCUGUGGAAGGCAUACAAGACCCAUUCCUUGUUAGUGUACAUAUUAUCACAGACCCAGGUGAAUCCAAGACUCUUCAGCAAGCCAUCGAUAAGCUUCUAGCCUGGAUACAUCCAGACCUCCAGCUGUUCCGAGUCUCAGAAAGACGAGUGCCCAAGAAGCACAGAAGGCCAGGUAAGGCUGGUGUUUCCCAGCCAGCCCUUGCCGUCAUUCUGUUUCUGCAGGAGGAAUAUGGAGAAGAACCGAUCUUGCAGCUCCAUGAAACGUUUCAGCGGCCACCUUGGCAUUACCACCACACAGAGCGAGUGCAUGGGAAGUUCCUGCCUUAUAUGCCAUGCAGCCAGGACUUUUACACUUUGGCUCCAGAGACUCCUCUGUGGGCCAUUCGCCCAGUGCACUACGGGAAAGAAAUUAUCCGCUUCACUAUAUACUGCAGGAGUGAAAACUUUGUUGACAUUUUGAAAUUGUAUGAGUUAAUACUGAAAAGACCAGUAUGUCAGAAAAAAGCAGACUUUUGUGUUUUUCCUGUCUAUUCUAACAUGGAAAUAGACAUUCAGUUUUCUUUAAAAAAACUUCCGAAGGGCCAGGCCCCCACGCCAACAGAGUCAGCAGUGCUGGAGUUCAGAGUAAAAGAUGUGGGGCAGCUUGUGCCUCUCUUGCCCAACCCUUGCAGCCCCAUCAGUGAAGGCAGGUGGCAGACAGAAGACCACGAUGGAAAUAGGAUCCUUUUGCAGCAAGCGCGCAGUUGGUGUAGGAAGUCUGCAAGGCAGAACAAGCAACUAUAUCCAUCUGUGUCAACAGAUUCCCGCUUCACCACUCUGCCAGCCUUUCCUCCUCAGAGCCACCAAUCUGUCCCUGAACAACCAAAAGAAAUGGGUCAAAACAAGGUACAUCACGCAAACGGCCUUGGUCAUCAUCUUGGUUUCUCCCAGCAGGAUUUGAGACACAGUGAUCGAGGAGACUUCACACGCAGAUCCAGCAGUGCCUCCAGCAUUUCGUGGUCAUUUCAACGAAGCAAGUCUCUGUUCUGCUUGCCCACGGUGAGCUCCUCCUCAGCCUCAGAGACUUUUCUUUUCAGUGAACCAUUUCAGUUUUUAAAUACUGGCUCACCUGCAACCAGGUUGAAAACAUGGAGAUGCAGCCCUAGGCUUAACAUUGAUGACUUGGAGGGGGCCCAGGAGACGGAUGUAGACACAGGGAUGAAGUUGUCCUUCUCAGACCUGUCUGUGGUCUCUGCAUACUCUGCCCUUAAUGGAUUUUGCAAUGACUUGGAAACCUCUCUUCCCCCAGAGAAGGAAACUGUUGGUAAGACUAAACGGGCAGCCACCAGUGGAAGGCCUGCAUCAGCCAUGUGCUAUACUUUUGAAUCAGUUGACAGUUCACUGCCUUCUCUGUCUGAAUGGUCUUCCAGCUCAUUCACAUCAGCAUCUCUCUCCAAGCAGCCCAAACAGUCCUCAAGAGCAGCUACUUGUUCUCUGGAUGAUCAUGGUGGUGUUUGCCCAGCUUCACCAGCUAAUGAAGAAGAAUUUUAUAUCUGAGGUUUCUCUGUCUUACACCUUCCAGGGCAAGUGUGUCUGUGAACGACAGCAGUGGGCCCACCUUGAGCUUGCAGAAGGUUCCUCACUGAGGAGAAGGUGAUGCAGCAGAGCAUGCUAAAUAUUUGGCGAAAGCAUUCGGAACCCUCAGAGAUGGGUGUCCCCAAACUAUGUACAGUGAAGCAGUCUGAGCUUGCAACCUGUACGUUUGUGCUGGAGGGGAUGAUCAGAGGCUUGUCUGCGGCAGUGCAAGGUGGAUGGUUUCUAUGACUGACCCUUGGACUGGUGGUGAAGGAAAUGCCAGAAGAGGCACAUAAUAAUACAGUUUUCUUUGGGAGAAGCCGAAGGGUAAUUUGUGACACCAAACUGCUUUAACUUUUCUGAGAAAUUCCCUUAACUCAGGAAAGAUGGGAGGGAAAAGGUGUCUUCUUUCCCUUUCGUAAGUUCCAAAGGCAGCUCUAAGCACAGCAGGUCCCAGAAACAUGUCUCCAGUGGAGCCAGGCAAGAUGAUUCCUGUGAGGACACACACAGUUCCUUCUAACUUCUGAGAGUUGGCAGUGCUGAGGUGGGGAGAAGCUUCACUCCUUCCCCAGGGAAGAGGAAUCUCUGGUGCUUUGACAGUCCAGGAUGCGAAAAGUGCCAAAAGGGAAACCUUACAGAACAUUUUCAACCCAUCCCCUCAAAAAGCCCAUCCUUUCCAGUUAGAAGGGAGCCAUCUGGGCUGUUGUCUGACUCGCUUGUGUAAACAGUGGUAAACCCAAGUAAACCAUGUUUAUUACUUCUAACUCAGGCAAUACAGAGCUUACCUUUUUGGAAUACAAAACAAGGAAGAUAACCCAGCAUUUUUAUAUAUUGCUACACCACUAGUCCCAAAUAUAUGGCAGCUCCCUAUUUUUUAAGGGGUUAUUAUUUUACUUUUAAAAGUAAUUAAUUCAGAAACUUCUUAUUUCCAGUGAAAGCAUAUUUCUUUCUGAAUAAAACACGUUUCUUCUCAAAUACCUCUGUCCAAAGGGAGAACAAGUCCAAUUUACUGGCUUUUCAAGUGAUGUUUUUAAAAUGUGCAUUCUUGAUAACCUGUUUUGCUACAAUGCAUUUGGUAUUUAAAGAAAAAAAAAAACAACCAAAAAAAGUAAGUAAAAAGCUGUUAAUAUGACAGCUAAGUACCUUCACCAGAAUUAAAGUUGUAUAUACAGAUUGUAUCAUGCAUGUUCUGGAAAGUUACAUUUUUGGUGGAGAAGUGGUGCUGAUUGCAGCUCUGGCCUAGCCAGUGAGAAAAUGACCAUGUUAAAAGGUGUAUGUAUAAUGCUGUAUGUAACUAAAUACAGGUACAGAUGCUGAAGACCUGCCAUGGUGGCAUUGUGGUGGAUGGAAUAAAAACACAUUUGUGGAGAAAAAUAUUUGCUAUAUUACCAGGUAGUUUUACUCAGAAGAAUUACUGCUUUGGAAAAAAAAAAUAAAAAAUAAAAAGCACACAGAUACUCUAAAUAAUAUUUACAAAAAGUGGAACAGCUCCCCUGGCCCAUUUAAGUAAAUGCACAGUUUGUACAAACAAUUCUGGAGGAAAGCCUGGGUGAAAUUGAGUACAGGUUUAUAGGGGAGGAGGGGGGAUUCCAUUAAACCUGCACCCCCAGUCCAGAAGAGGCCAGAGGGAUAGUCAAGAGUCAGGAUGCUACUGCUCAAGGCAUUUUCCUUUUGCUGUCAUUUUCUACACACAGGGAAAGAGGCAUCAGGCUGACGUCCAAGUUUCCUCUUUGUGAGAUGCUAUCAUAGCAGGUACCAGAGGUAGACCUUGUCUUUUGUGCUAAACGCAAUGUAUAAAUAGGAAAAAUCUGUUCAAGCUCUGAGAGCACAGGAGAUUAUGAGUCUCCUCCUACCCUCCAAACUGUUAAGGCUUACUGCAGUUUUGGGUAAACUGUUCUCUUAAGAAAUGUCUGGGACCAGAAAUAGCACCGAUGAAGGAUUUGUCAUUGUGUGCAUGUGUUUACCUGCUCUAUACUCCUUCAGAAUCCACGUGGUCUUUCGUCUGACUUUUGUGGCCUUUAGAUCAAACCCCGUCUGAACACAGCGGACCCAAUUUAUCCAAAGUUGUGCUCCAUGUUAUUGUUUGUACCUUGUCAAAAUACUUGUAAAACACUGUGAGGUCAGACCAGCAGUUUUUUCCAUCAGCUUGCAAUCCACCAAAAGAGCAGCAAUGCCUAGGACAGUCAGACUCCACAGGUUUAAACUUAUUAUUCGAUAUUUUCUGUCAUAUUUGUGGUAGUACAAAAAUAAGUUAUGAAAAUAGCAUUGUGUAUUUAUGGGACAGCCGUUUUAUCAACACUAGCCACUUACAGAUAUGACAACCAAUAAUAAUAUGAUAAACUUGGUUCAAAUCUGUUAAAAAAUUUAGUAUUCAUUAUUUGGAACAGGAAGAAAAAAGCCUUUUCACAAUAUUUUAAUAACAUAGGUAACAUUUGAUGUGAACAUGAAAUCAAAAACUGGUUUGAGAUGAUGUGUCUGAUCUUGGAAUCAUGCCAACAUCCAGACCCCUGACAAAAGCUGAUUGGGGCUUUUAAUGAAGAGGAGGCUUUGAAACAUCUUUCCACCUAGGGUGUGACUCUGAGAGGAGGAGUCAGCGCGUCUGGGGCCCAUCUCCUGACGUGGCAGGAAGCCCUGGUACUGGAGGUCUAGAAACAAGCACAGGAUAGCUCAAGCAUCAGUUGUGAGGCUCCUGUGCAGCAUUAACCAGCAGCUCUGCAAACAUCUCAGCUCCAGAUUUUACCACGUUAAUCCUAAUGGGAAGAAAGCCAAAUGAGCUUCCACGGACUCUGAAUUUAUGCUGUCUGUACUGGUUCUGUCUCCAAGUAUUUAUCUUCUGUUUGCUGAUACUUAACUAGAAAUUAAAGUUUUAAUUGUUUACAUUCAUGGUGCUUGUAACCAAAUUUUGGAAUAACUGAGUGGCCUACUGUCAGAUAAAACAGAGUUGAUAGUGUACAGAAAACUUUUUGUCUAUAAUAAAGAAAGCCAGAUUUUGAAGAGUGUUUCACUGAAGGUAGGCUUCAUUAAUUAUCUUCCCAUUAUUUAAGAAGGGGCUGAUCUCUUCAGAGAGUUGAAUAUGCACAAGUUUCAUGGCUUUUACUUAUUGUUUUUGUUAAGUUAUGAACAAUGUCAUUUGAGAACUGCAAGUUUUUACCUGAACUUUCUCUCCUUCUCACCCCAGAAUGUGUUGCUUCUGUGAAAUAAAAUAG